AUGGCCUCGCCGACACCUACGGCCCCGUCGCCCUCUCCUAGCGGCCAGGUCGCCGCCUCCACCGGCCCAGCAGCCGAGCCGCCCAGCAGCUGUGCCACCCAGCAGCUGUGCCGCCCAGGAGCCGAGCCGCCCACCUGCCGAGCAGCUGAGCCGCCCAGCAGCCAAGCUGCCCAGCAGCCAAGCCGCCGAGCAGCCGAGCCGCCCACCAGCCGAGCCGCCGAGUCGCCCAGCAGCCGAGCCGCCCAGCAGCCGAGCCGACCAGCCGCCGAGCCGCCCUACUGUCGAUCCGCUGCUGUUCCUACUGGUGAGCUCACUCCUUCGGACCACUUCCUCUCAGUUUGCCCUACCACUCUCACCGUUGACCUCCUCGAGAAGGGCCUCCUAGCAGCAAAGAAGAGCAUAGUCGCUGUAGGAGCCUCUCGUGGUGACCCUCGCACCCCCGUCUUUGAGGGGUGUUCCCCCUCCCCCCUCUUGCCCUCUAUUGCUUCUGCUGCUGCGGCCGACCUCGUUGGUUUCGAGUCGGUCGGCGCUGCGUCUGCCCUUAGCGGAAGACGCCGCACCGGCAAGGGCAAGGGGGGCAAGGGCGCUGGAGGGGCUGGUGGAGGUGGUGGUAGAGGCAGUGGAGGGAGUGGGGGUGGUAGUGGGAGUGGUGGCGGGGGUGGCUGCGGCGGCAGCAGCAGUGGAGGCGGAGGAGGCGGCGGUGGAGGCGGAGGGAGCGGAGGCGGCGGAGGUGGCGGAGGAGGCGGAGGUAGAGGAGGCGGCGGAGGCGGCGGCGGCGGCAGUGGUGGAGCGGGUCGCGACUCUGCGCAGAGGAGUGGGUCAGGUGGUGGUCUGCGCCAGCAGCAGCGGAGUGUUACGUCCUCCGUACCAGCGGUCGAGCUGGUGAGCAGUGCGGGGGCCCGCACUCCACCCAGCACUGCUUCAGUCGCCUGA